UUCUGGGAGACAGAUUGGACCAGGCAGCAGCCAGGGAAGAGGAAGCUGGGCCUGGUGCCCACGGGGCUGCCCCCACUGUUUAGAAACAGCAGUUACUCUCCCGUUCCUCUUUUUAUAAGGCUCUCCAGGUGAGAAACGCUGCCCUGGGCAGCACAGGAGCAGAGCCUUGCAGUUCCCUGGCUGGGAGCUGAUCCCACAAGGCUGGAGUUCUCUUGAGUUGUGUUAUUGCUGGUGCAAGAACUAGGCAGUACUGGGUAUUUGUUUUACCAUUAGCCUGGCGAGCAACUGUUUGUAAGCAGUUCAGGCCCUUUGUAUUAGUGGUAAUGGCAUAGGGAGGGGAGGCGGGUGGCACAGCCACUGGCCACAUUCCCCAGUAGGGAUUGUCACCGGUGGACAGGAACACCAGCUCCAUCCAGGCUCUGAAAUCAAACCCCUCACUGAGGAUGACAGCUGUAGGCAGCCUGGUUUGAUACAGCACUAAGUCCCACCACUUGUCAAGCACAGCAGAGUAAAGUGGCAUUGGUGAGUACCAAAGGGAGGGCUUUUCCAUCACUGCCACCUUCUGCCUGACAUCUCCAGGGUGAAGGCUACAAAGGUGAUCUGAGGGCUGAAGCACCUUCCCUACGAGGACAGGCUGAGAGAGUUGGGGUUGUUCAGCCUGGAGAAGAGAAGGCUCUGAGGAGAUCUUAUAGUGACCUUCCAGUGCCUGAAGGGGCUACAGGAAAGCUGGAGAGGGGCUGUUCACAAAGGCUUGUGGGGAUAGGACAAGAGGGAAUGGGAAUAAACUGGAGAGGGGCAGAUUUAAACUAGACAUUAGGAAGGAUUUCUUCGCUAUGAGAGUGGUGAGGCCCUGGCCCAGGUUGCCCAGGGAAGCUGUGGCUGCCCCAUCCCUGGAGGUGUUCAAGGCCAGGUUGGAUGGGCCUUGGGCAGCCUGAUCCAGUGGGAGGUGUCCCUGCCCACGGCAGGGGGUUGGAACUGGAUGGUCUUUAAAGUCCCUUCCAACCCAAACUGUUCUAUGAUGCUGGCUGGGCAGCUGUCAAUUCGGGGGCUGUCGGCACGGCAGGGGAGUGUUCCUGGCUGGUGAUUCUGGGGUGUUGGGCAACAGCAGUUGAGACACCGAUGUGGGUUAACGGCUCUGCACUUCGAAUGGAGCCCUGGAGACGGUGUUCCUGGCUCCUCAGCCUGAACAGCUAAACCCAGGGAAGCACACGCUGCCCCUUCCACAACAAAAACCUCCACCGAUGCCUGAGCCUUCCCUGCCUGGCACUGAUCCUUUACCUCCCUACUCUGUAGUUUGGGAUUGCCUUUGUUCUAAAGGAACGUUUGUGCUCUCAGCAUGGACUGAGGGCUGGUGGGGAAUCCUUGGGCCACCUGUGACCCUUUCAGCUACUGUGCUUUGCGAGGGACUUCAGCGGCACGGUCCGCGCCAGUCCUGUGCGCUCGCGGUUUGUGGGUUUCGGCCCCUCUGUGGUUUAGGUUUCACUUCCCUCUCCACACCAAAGGCGACAGACACACGAGACCCAAGUGGCUUUGAGCUGCCUUCCAGGACCGGCUGCGACUCCUUCGCUCCUUGAGUUGGCAGCUGCCCCGGCUCCUGCCCGCGUGAGCUCAGGUAGGGAUGCGCUGCGCCAGGAAUGCCGAGGCGGUGCUGGGCAUGGCUAUGUCAUGCCAGGGGCCACCUCUGCCUGCUGUCGUUGGGCAGAGGGAGGGCUGGGGGUCUCCUCUCUCACUGCCAGGCAGCUUCCAGGCUGUUGGGGUGAGCCGGGAGCAGCCGCAGAGCCGGGGAUCCCCCAGUGCCCUGUGGGAUCUGCAAAAUCCACUGUGAAAGAGCAACAGCCCAAGACACAGUGGUUUCCAAGCUCUCAGGGAGGCCCCAGCCAGCAGCGCCCGGGCUUGCUGGGUGGCACCAGUGGGAAAGUUGGGACCAGUGUCCUCCAGGGAUACUGGAGGAGGUGGUGGAUCUGCCUGUAAUGACAGUGUCAGGGUGGCCGAGAGGCCACAGCCUCUGGGAUAGGAUAGCUCAGAGACCAAAGCCCACACGGCGGCGUUGUCCGCCGGCUCCUGGUCCCUUCUUCUCCCUCAGCCUUCUUUCCAUGUGGUGGAUUCGCAACUUCGCUCUGGCCACCAUGAAGGAGCCCUGGUCCUGUGUGACCCAGCUGUGGGUCCCCAAGCCCACUGCCUGCACUGGGGCUGGAGGGACCCCGGGCUGGGGGUGCUGGGCUGGGUGCAGACACCCGGUGGCCGAUGGGGGAGGGAGUUUGGCCCCAGCAGAGGCUCUGCCCAUGCCACAAGCGGGGCCAUCGCGUGUCCCUGUGGUGAAGCUGUGGUGCUGUGGCGCUGGCAUCCGCAGGCACGGCUCCCCGGGGGCACCCAGAGCCCCCCACUAUCGUUUGGAGCUCAGUCGUGGCAGGGAACCCUCUGCCCUCGCAGGUGUCCUCUGCACUGGCGAGGCUGAAGCCGCACUGAUGCAGAUGCCCAAACCCUUCCCGGGGCCGGAGGAGAAGUGGGUUCCUCCCCUGCAGGCAGAGCUGCAGCCAGCGAUAAAGCACCCGGCACUCAUCCUGCCACCGGAGCUGGACCAGGAGCCGCAGCUCUGCCGAGCCCUGUUCGAUUACGCCCCAGAGCUGCCGGACGAGCUGCCGCUGCAGCGGGGAGAUGUCAUCCGGAUCCUCAGCAAGCGGACGGAGGCGGAGGGCUGGUGGGAUGGGCAGUGCCGGCACCGGAGAGGGCUCUUCCCCACCAACUUUGUGGAGCUCCUCGCAGCACCGGUGCCCACGGGGAGCAGAGGCUGCUCUGGGGUUGGCGCGUCCACGCCUUGCACCACGGCAGCCUCCAUGAAGCCAACGGUCCCUGCUGCCAUCCCAGCAUCCUCGCCCAAUCCUGCUCUGAGGCCGGCGAUGCCAUCCCGGGAUGCAGAGUCUGGUGAGUCUGGCUGUGGCCACCAUCCGGCUCUGGGGAUCUUGGUGUCCCCCCAGGACGGCCGGUUGGCCCCACGGCCGGCUGCGAGGUGGGUUGGGGCAGCGUGGGUGCCGGCGGUGCCGGGAGGCAGGAGGAGCCCCGUGGGGCACAGGGAUGCAGCGUGGAACAGCACCGAGGUGCUCUCCGCUUCGACUUCCUUCCCAGAACGGAGCCGAUUUCCUCCGGCAUCACGUGCGUGGUGUGGGACCGCGGCAGCCGGCGGAACCUGGCACGGUCCCGCGUGGCACAGGCUCGUGGGCAGCCCCACGCCGGCAGGUAGGAUGGAGUGGUUGUGGCUCUGGGGGUCCCGUGCUUGGGGACCAUCGUGGUGGCAGCAUCCGGGCUCUCCAGGAUCCCGGCGGGGGCUGGUGGGACACUGGGCAGCUCCAGGCACCCGUGGUGGGAGUGAUGGAAGCCCAGAGCCCGCAGAGCAGCUCCGCGAGCGCUUGGGGCCCGAUGCCCUUAUCCCCAUCCUCAUCCCUGUGCUCCUCAUGGUUGUGGACAUAUCUUUGGGUGGACAAAAGCUGCCGGCAUCUCUGGUGCCCGCGAGGCCGCUGUGGGGAGGGUCUUGCUGCUGGUGGCAGGACCAGGUGGCAUCAGGUCUGCCAACCUGCCAUGGGGACAAGGCUGAGCCGCCACGGGGACAAGAAAGGUGGCCCACCACGAGGAUAGCGUGGCCCACCAUGAGGACAGAGUGGCCCAUGGGCACGUCUAGGGCCUGGUACCCUGUAUCCUGCUCUGCCAGGGACCCAUCCCGGUGGGACCCCGGGGCUUUGGUGGCACAGGGAUGCUCCUGCGCUGUAGGUGGUGGUGGUUCAGCAUCCUGCCCGCGGCGCUGGGGGAGGUUUGCAGAGGAAGCGCCGACCGCAGCGGGGCCGGGUGCUCUGCCGGGUGCUCGGAUGGGUGCGGGGAUGGGUGCGGGGCUGCAGGAGCGGCGGCUGCCCCCGAACCAGCACGUAAAGCCCUGGGUCUGCAGUGUUGGGGACAGAGCUGCCGUGGGGCCGGGUGGGUCUCACCAAGUGUUGCUGCUGGCUGUGGCGGGUGUGAGAGAUGGUGUUGGUGGGGUCUAUGGGGUCAGGAGCACUGUGGGGCGAUGCCCCCCCAAGCAGUCCUGCCUCUUCCCACCCCCCUGUGCCCCACACAGAGCCCUGACCCCUGGCAUGGGGCUGAGGGGUCAGGGAUGGCCCCUGGAGACCAGGUGCUAUGGGGCAGGAGGGGCUGUCUCCCCACAUCCCCCCACAGGAGAGGGGCUGUACCGGGGUCCUUCCCCAGUGCCUGAUGCCCCUCAGCCCACGAGGAGGAGAGGGCUGAGAAAGGGGAGCAUCUGCAGAAGGGCUGGCAUCUCCGCCGGGAGAGCCAAGCACCGCCGGGCUGUACCGCUUUACGGCAUCAUCCGCAGGUCCAGCGCCGCUCAGCCCUGCGCCUCGGCGGACACGGAACGGGACAGAGCCAGCGAUGCAGGUGGGCGCGGGGUGCCGGCACCGGGCACCACAGCCACCAUGGAGCCACCUGUGCCCGUGCCGGGCGCUGACACCUUCCCUUCGGCAGAUGCUGAUGGCUUCAACGCGGUGCCGGUCACCACGACCAAGCUGAGCCACCCCACCGCCACGCGGCCCCGUGUGCCGGGCCAGCGGCCACCCAGCCUGGCGCUGGGGAGCACGGGGGGACCCUGGGGUGGGGAGCAGCCCUGGGGGCCCCUCUGCGCCCCCAUCCCCAGCACGGCGAUGGCCCCUGGACCACCAUGGGGCACGGAGAUGCUGGUGGCGCCACGGCCGGAGGAGAAGCUGGCCUUGGAGGACUUGAAGGCUGAGGUCCGUUCCUUGCACAUCCUCGUGGACCUGAUGAGAGUCCAACACCUGCGGGAUCUGGAGGACCUGCGGCUGGAGGUGCACCAGGAGCGAGCCAAGCGCCAGGCGCUGCAGGUGAGUUCUGGGGCGCAGGGGACCGCCACCCCCUGUACCCCCCAAAAAACACCCCUCAGAGUCUCUUCUUGCAGGCAGAGAUCGAGCGGGUGCGGAGGGCUCUAUCCUGCUGAGCGCCCACCCCUCGGCACCCCGAGAUGUGGGGCAGGGGAGGGGCGCACAGCUGCCAGUGCUGUGCCCUCAGCCCCAUCGGGCACCAACGCUCAUCCUGGGGUGCAGUGUGACCCCAAAGCUGUGCGACAGCCCCGGCGGGGACAGAUCGUUGUUAGAAUAAACUCUUUUGGGUCCAAAGCACCACUGGGCUGUGGGGGAGCCCUGAGGGACGGCACUGGGAGGGCACUGGGGGUCCCAUCAUGGCACUGGGGGACCCACAUGGAACAAGGGGUCCCACUUUGGCACUAGGGCUCCUGCUCUGGCAGAGGGGAGCCCGUGAUCACCCGGGGGGGGGCAGCUUGGCACAGAGGUUCCCACCUUGGCUCUGGGGUUCCCACCUUGAUGUUGGGGUUCCCACCAUGGCUCUGGGGUUCCCACCUUGAUGUUGGGGUUCCCACCAUGGCUCUGUGGGUCCCAACUUGAUAUUGGGGUUCUCACCAUGGCUCUGGGGUUCCUACCUUGACAUUAGGGUUCCCACCAUGGCUCUGGGGUUCCCACCUUGAUGUUGGGGUUCCCACCAUGGCUCUGUGGGUCCCAACUUGAUAUUGGGGUUCUCACCAUGGCUCUGGGGUUCCUACCUUGACAUUGGGA